GGAGACUGUACUGGUCCAUCGGUACGGUACGUUUCUUGCAAUCUUGACCCUUGUCCAGAAGGAACAGAUUUCCGAGCAGAGCAAUGCGCCCAGCAUAAUGAUGAGGAUCUUGGUGGCCACUAUCACAAAUGGCAACCUUACAUAGGAAAGAACAAAUGUGAACUACUCUGCAAACCCGAAGGUGGCAGUUUCUACUAUAAGUGGGACGAGAAGGUCGUCGAUGGCACCAAGUGCGACGCCAAGGGUGAAGACAUUUGUGUGGAUGGUGUAUGUCUACCAGUUGGAUGCGAUGGAAAACUCGGAUCUGAACUAAAAACUGACAAAUGCGGAGUUUGCGAUGGGGAUGGCUCGAAAUGCAAGACCAUUGAGGGGACAUUUGAUGAGCGUAACCUCUCACCAGGAUAUCACGAUGUGUUGCGAUUACCUGCCGGUGCUACCGCGAUUAAAAUUGAGGAGGCACGACCAAGCUCGAACAACUUGGCAUUGAAAAAUUCGACGGACCAUUACUUCUUGAAUGGAAAUUCUAUGAUCCAAGUAGAAAAAGACGUAGAACUGAAUGGAGUUUAUUUUGAAUAUGAUGAUUCAAAGCCUGAGCGAAUCACUGCGAAAGGACCUUUGAAGGAGGAUGUUACCGUAUCCGUUCUAUUCCGUAAAGGAAACCGAGAAGCUGCAAUUAAUUACGAAUUCUCCAUUCCAAUUGUGGAAGAUGUUGACUAUAUGUACAAACCUGGAGAGUGGUCGUCAUGCUCUGUGACUUGCGGGAAAGGCGUGCAAACUCGUACUCCGUACUGCAUCGAUACUAAAACGCAACGUCGUGUGAACGAUGCUCUGUGUGACAAUGCUAAUUUUACAAAGCCUGAGUUCGAGAAGCCCUGUGAAACAGUUGAUUGCACCGCCGAAUGGUUUGAAGGCGAAUGGGAGCCAUGCUCACAGACUUGCGGAGACCAAGGAGAACAAUAUCGUGUGGUUUACUGCCAUCAAGUAAGGAAGUUCUUGCACACAUCGACAGCAUGAGU